UCCCAAAAUUGGAUGCAUCUCUCUAACUAGCUAUAUAAAUAUCCUCAAACUUUUUAACUUAGCUCAUCAAUAUUCAACACAUUGAUCUAUUCAACCCUCCAAAAUGGCAAAAGUUCUUCCAUUGAUCUUUCUCUUAGUUGUUUCAGUCAUUGGAUUUAGUAAUGGAAAUGAUGUGGGGAUUUACGAAUUGAGAAGGGGAAAUUUUUCUAUUAAGUUAACCAAUUAUGGUGCUACCAUUCUCUCUCUAAUCCUCCCUGAUAAAAAUGGGAAGUGGGACGAUGUUGUUCUUUCUUUUCCCUCCGUUGAUGACUUUCGAAAUGAUACCACUUACUUUGGUAACAUUGUUGGACGUGUAGCAAAUAGAAUUGGAGGAGCUCAGUUUGGUAUCAAUGGUGUUUUCUAUAAACUCACUCCUAAUGAUGGAAGGAACCUCCUCCAUGGUGGGAAGAAAGGAUUUGGAGAUGUGAUAUGGAAGGUGGAGAGUUAUGUGAAGGACAGCCACAUUACAUUCACCUACGACAGUUUCGAUGGCGAACAAGGGUUUCCCGGCGAUCUUCCAGUUUCGGUAACCUACAUGUUCAUAGAGACAAACAAAUUAGGAGUAAAAAUGCAAGCAAAAUCCCUAAACAAAGCAACCCCAGUAAACAUCGCGCAACACUCUUACUGGAAUCUAGAUGGACAUUCAAGUGGCGACAUUUUAUCUCACAAAAUCAAACUCUUCGCCUCAAGCAUAACCCCCGUCGACAGCGAGCUCAUCCCCACCGGCAAAAUCAUCCCAGUGGCCAAAACCCCUUUUGAUUUCACAACCCCACGAGAGAUCGGGUCACAGAUCAAGAGUGCCGGCGGAUACGACAUCAAUUACGUGGUGGACGAUACCGGGAGCGAGCAUUUGAAGAAAGUGGCGGAGGUUACAGGGAAGAAAUCGGGGAGGAAGAUGGAGCUGUGGAGUAAUCAACCGGGAGUACAAUUUUACACGGGGAAUCAGUUGAAGGAAGUGAAGGGAAAAGAUGGAGCGGUGUAUAAGCAAUAUGCAGGACUGUGCUUGGAAACUCAAGGAUUUCCUGAUUCGGUGAAUCAUCCAAAUUUUCCAUCGCAGAUUGUGAAUCCUGGGGAGAGUUAUGAACAUGUCAUGGUUUAUAGGUUCACUGUUGAUCAUUCUGAUUGAGUUAUCUUUAUGCUUUGAGUUGGAGUGAAUAUGGGAAUUGGGGAUUGGGUUGAUGCAUUUAUAUUUUGGUUGUCUUUCUUUUGUUUAUGUGAGGGUUGAACUAAUAUAAAAAUUUUAUCUUUUUUAAUUUUA